UUGGCUUUCGUUUUUUCUAACCCCUUGACUUUUGUCUCAUGGAUACUCUUUCCUCUUCUUCCUCUCUGCAACCCCACACCUAUCACAGAGACGGUGAGGGCAUCGUCGUCGCUGACUCCAACAGCCAUUGCUCGCAUCCCAUGGUCCAGAAUUAUCCCCUAGGACCCAUCGACAGCGAGCUUAAACACAGUAAUAGAUGCAAGAAGAGAACUUUAAAGAAGAGUGUGGCAUUAGAUAAUUCUGAAUCACCAUCUUCGUCAUCAAGUCGUUAUUUUUCUUCUGCGGUUUCAUCGCAAAGGGGUAUUGCGGUUGCAUGUCAACGGCGAAACCCUAGAGUCCUGGUUCGCCGCAAUAGGGGCGAUGUGGCUGCGAUCGGGUUUCCUCUUGGAAUGUCUUUUGCGGCUGUUAUUGCUCAGUUCUGAAUGUUGAUGUCUGCUUCGAUUACGGACGACUGUUCCCUUUAUCUUUCUCGGGUCACAGGAGGACGUCCACCAGUCCUUCAGCUACUUUAAGGCUAUUCCUUUGACCCAUCUGCCACAUUAGUUUGACUUCUCCAGAAGUCCAAGUUCAAGUUUUGAAUGUUCGGUGAUUAACCAUUGUGGUAUCUAUCCUUCUGGGGAAGUUGAUUUGUCACACGAGUAAACAACGCAUUUAAAAGAGCUUCAG